AUGAACCAUGAUGAUGCGAUGUGGAACGUUAUGGGGCAAACUUUCUGUUCAUUUAAAGUUAAGACGCACGACGAUAAGGCUCGUUUCUGCCGCAACCCGUACAACGUGACAGGUCUCUGCCAACGUGGUGUAUGCCCCCUUUCAAACGCACAAUACGCCACAGUGGUCGAACAUGACGAUGAGCUUUACCUUUAUGUCAAGACAGCGGAGCGUGCGCACCUGCCUCGGCGGCAAUGGGAGAAAGUCCGACUUGACGCUAAUUUUCCACGUGCGCUUGCUCAGAUUGAUGAAGAGCUACAGUGGUGGGACCAAAAGCUUGUGAACAAGGUCAAGGCCCGGCUGCUGCGACUUAAGCAGUAUUUGAUGCGGCGCCGAAAGAUGUUGUUAGAGCCAAAGGUGGAGUACGUUUCCGUAAACAAGCGCCAGGAGGAUAAGUUGAUCCGUCGCGAGGCAAAGGCAGAAGCUGCGGCACGGUUGGAACUGGAAGUGGAGAAGGAGCUGUUGGAGCGGUUGCGAAGUGGGACAUAUGACAGCGUGAUCAAUUGCAGUCUUGAGGCAUUUGAGCGGGUACUCGAUCGUGAGGAGGACCGCACUGAGUUCGAAGCGUUAGAAGAUGAGGAGGAUGAGGAGUUCCCCGAGUUUGUGAUGGACGAUGAGUUGGAUGAGGAAGAAGAAAUGGAGGAAAGCAAUAGAAAAAUAGGCAAAAGGGGUGAUUCUUCGGUGGUGCACCGUAGUGGUCGUGGAACACGGCGGCAGCGGCUUGUAAUUGAGGAAGAGGUGGAGCAAGAGCCCGUUUCUAAGCGGGUCCGCACGGCUGAUUUGGAUUGGUGA